AUGCCAACAUAUGCUGUCUCCCAGCUGCUUUUCUUAUGCUGGUGCUGGAGAGUUCGAGGUGAAUGGGGUCGAUUGGCGGACCUGACAGAUGCUGCUGGCCUUGUCCGCCCGGCAGCACGGUCGGAACACAUCGGUGCUUGGGACGAAUCGAGGCAGGUAUUGCGGAUCCAUGCAGGAAGCAACCUGGAAGGCGACUUGUGGGCCUUCGACCUGGCGUCUGCUACAUGGACUAGGACAAUCACGGCCGAAGUUCCGGCAGCCCGAUCUUCGCAUGCUGCUGGCUGGGAUCCUGCUGGCCAAAGUCUUUGGGUACAUGGCGGAUACAACAGCCAAACAAAGGUGUGGUUUCGCGACAUCUGGAGGUUUCAGUCCGGGCUGUGGACACUUGAAUCCAACGAUGCUGGACCCUGUGGAAGGCAAGCACAUGUUGCAGUUUGGGUUUCCAGCACGGCAUCUCUUUGGGUGCAUGGUGGCUGGACUGGUACUCACCGCUUGUCGGAUUUGUGGAGCUACAAUCACCAGGCUCACGGAUGGCAGGAGCUGGCUCCCGUGGCACCAAGCGGGCCGCCACCGGCACGGUCGCACCACAUUGCCGUUUGGGAUGGGGCGAACCAGGUGCUGUGGAUGCACGGUGGCUAUAACAGUUCGCUGCUGGGGGAUUUGUGGACUCUGGACGCAACGACGCUCAGCUGGGCAGAAAUUGCAACUGACGGGGGCCCCACGGCGAGGUCAGGACAUGCAGCAGUGUGGGAUGUCGAGAGUCGGCUGCUUUGGCUGCAUGGUGGUAACGACGGCAUCCUGAAAAGAGACCUGUGGAGAUACGAUGCUGAGAGCAACAUCUGGAGUCUGAUUGCUGAGCAGGCAGGCCCGUCGGGACGCUGGUCACACGUCGCUGCUUGGGACGACCUCAACCACAUCAUCUAUAUCCAUGGAGGAUACAACGGAAGCCUUUGUGGAGACCUCUGGUCUUUUUGGGUCACCACGACCUCGACGACGCAUACGGCAAGCUCCACAUCCAGUUCAAGCAGCCAAACCUCCACUUCAAGCAGCAUCUCGCGGACGAGCACCAGCUCCAGCAGUAGCAGCAGAAGCUCCACAACCUCUGCCAGCAGUACCUCAACAACUGCGACGUCUAGCACCAGUGCGUCCAGCACCUCAAGCUCCACCAGCAGCACCAGCACGUCCCUGACGAGCACCUCGAGCUCCAGAAGCAGCACUAGUCACACCUCCAGCUCCAGCAGCAUUUCGCAAACUAGCAGCAGUUCCAGCAGCAGCAGUACCACCUCCGCGACAUCCACCACGGGGACAUCCAGCACAAGCAUGUCAACCACCUCCAGUUCAACCAGCAGCAGCUCCAGCAGCCGAACGUCCAGCAGCACCGGCAGCACGACGCUAACUUUGACAUCCAGCACAUCUUUCACACAAACUAUCAGCACCACUUCGGCAACUAGCACAUCCAGAACUCGCAGCACGGUGACAAUCACUUCAACUAGCACUACGACGGCCACAACCACCACCACUACACAGCUUGUUAUAUCCUCUCCUUGGCCAGAUUGGCUUCUGGGGGCCAUCAUCGGCGCCAUUCUUCUGAUGUCUGCCGCCGUGUGCAAUUUCUCCGCUCUUGAAGCGAUCCACCCCUUCAUUUCUUUUCCUCCUCCCCCCGAGCCGCGGCCCCCCGCGGCCCCAGAGAGAAAGGGAGGGCAUCGAAGGAGUCCCGAUCCUCCCGCGUUUCCCUGGCUUGGUACCAGAUCGCCAUGUGCUCCCUUGGUGGUUCUGGUUCACUUCCAGGGUGCCAGUCGGGUCACUCCGAGGAUGUGGCUGGUUCCAGAGUCAACAGCGCUCCAGCUACAGUCGACUGUGCGAAAGAAGCAAAGGGAGCCACAGGCAGCACCCAAGCUGCUGCCACCUGCAAGCUUCCUCCAGCAGCAUUCGAGUGAAAAUCUGCCGGAUCUGCUGUCGAAUUCAAGCCCACAAGAUGGCAUAUCCUCUGCACCUUCCCCCGUGCCAGCUCCCAGCUUUGCCACGUUCCACAGCAAGCAGACGCAGCACCUGCAAAUCCAAGUUAGGUUGCGGACCGAGUGUACAAAGCCAAGCACGCGAAGCACCCCCAGUCAGGCUUGGCACAGUUUGCCCCGUGUGGAGCCACGUGUGGAGCUCGUGCCAGAGCUGCCAGCAUGGCCCGCGGCAUGUCUCUCGCGAAGAGAGACCCAGCCGUGCCAGGAACCCAGUAUUCUUCCGCCAUUGCCACGCCCAAGUGCGGAUGCACCGUGCUACGUUGCACAGAGAAAGGACCAAUAUCUCCCAUGCCCAGCACCAUUGAAUGCCAGGCAACAUGUGCAUGCACCACGACCGACCAGUCCCCCAGCUCUCAGCUUCACCCGGCUGGAGCCACCUGAAAAUCGACCUGGCUGCCGUCGGCCAAGGAGCCCACUGAGCCCACCAGUGCUUGCGGCGCCCAGCCGACCACGCGUGCAGCUAGUCCCAAAGUCAUGGGUGGUGACAGUGACCAAACGGCUCCCGCAGGACAGACCCCUGCCCCCUGAGCCACAGACGCUCAGCCCGAAAAGUCGGUGGCUUGGAUUCUUGUUGGGUGGCCAAUUCCAAGGACAGCAGCGUUUGCAACCUGCAAAGCAGCAACAUCCCAACCCUGCCUCCAAUGGCGGCCUCGAUAGCCCAGUCACGACGGACAAUCCACCCCCAUCACACACCACAGCUUCACAGUGUGCAAACAGCCCAGCCGAUCCCAGCAUCAAGCCAAAACACUUGCCUCACCCAGAUUCCCACACGUCACACAUCGACACUGGCACGCAGCACGCCACUUUACCACAGCAUGCCACUUUACGAAGGUCCCACAGCGCCCCCAUUUGCCUCUACAUCUCUCCAACGACCCAGGUUCCACCGCAUCAUACACUCCCCAGCACCACUACGAAUCAUCAGUCGCUUUCACAGUCGGACCCCUACAGCCCAGCUUCCACCCAGCAACCUUCUUUGCAGCUUGCUUCUCCUGCGUCAAACUCCACUAGACAUGCCUCCGACAGCGCCCAUGGAGCCAACACAGCCAGUUGGGUUCGGCCCGACAACAGGACACCGGCAUGGGUAUUUAACCCGCGGCGUGCAUCGGGCGCAUCCAGGAUGCAGUCACCCGGGCCAGGUGCCUACAACCCGGAGCAACUCAGCUUCGACCGCUACAUGCCGCAAAGACUGGAGCGGUUCAAGAGAGACAAGAAAGAGGGCAGAAAGGUCGCGGAUGAGGCCGUGAAGAAACAGAAAACGAAAAGGAAGCAGAGGGGAAGCUCUCCGUAG